CACCCAACAACUUAACCCUCAACCAAUAGCCUACUCCCAGUCCAGGACACAUCUUAACCGGAGCAGUGUGGACACAGCUGUGAAGCCUUCCUUAUGGGCACAUCAUGCGUAGGAUUCGGGCCAACGCCAUUGCAAUUUUGACUGUCGCUUGGAUCUUGGGCACUUUCUAUUACCUGUGGCAGGAUAAUAAACCACAUACAUCCCCGUCCUCGGCGUCGCAACCUCGGGCCGUAGGCAUAAAAAGCCAUGGGCAGAAAUCCGCUUCAGGAAGACUGGAGAUACAUCGGGAGGACAGGACCAUUCCACUUAUUGUGACCCAGCCCUCCCGGGGUGAAGGCCAAGGUCAGCUGAUGGGCACGUUUGAUGAGAAAUCUUACCUGGCCAGCAAACAGCUGAAAGCUGGAGAGGAUCCCUACAGAGAGCAUGCCUUCAACCUGCAGGAGAGCGACCGCAUUGGCAGUGAACGAGCCAUCAGAGACACACGACACUAUAGAUGUGCCUCAGUGAACUUUGACCCUGACCUUCCACCCACCAGCAUCAUCAUCACUUUUCACAAUGAAGCCCGGUCCACCCUUCUCCGCACCAUUAAAAGUGUGUUGACAAGGAGCCCGCCUUCUCUGAUACAGGAGAUCAUCCUUGUGGAUGACUUCAGCUCUGACCCUGAGGACUGCCAGCUGCUCUCUCAGAUCCCAAAGGUCCGCUGCCUGAGAAAUGCCCGGCGGGAGGGUCUGAUCAGGUCUCGUGUAAGGGGAGCAGGUGCUGCUUCGGCCACCAUCCUGACCUUCCUGGACAGCCACUGCGAGGUUAACACUGACUGGCUCCAGCCCAUGUUACAAAGAGUCAAAGAGGACCAUACACGUGUUGUCAGCCCUAUCAUUGAUGUCAUCAGCCUGGAUAACUUUGCCUACUUGGCUGCCUCAGCAGAUCUGAGAGGAGGUUUUGACUGGAGUCUGCAUUUUAAAUGGGAACAGAUUCCUAUUGAGCAGAAAAUGGCCAGGAAUGAUCCCACUCAGCCAAUCAGGACACCGGUCAUUGCUGGUGGAAUCUUUGUCAUGGAUAAGAGUUGGUUUAACCACCUUGGCCAGUAUGACACUCACAUGGAUAUCUGGGGUGGUGAGAAUUUUGAGCUUUCCUUCAGAGUGUGGAUGUGUGGAGGAAGUCUGGAGAUUCUUCCCUGUAGCCGUGUGGGUCAUGUCUUCAGGAAGAGACACCCUUAUGAUUUCCCAGAAGGCAAUGCUCUCACUUACAUCAAGAACACACGGCGGGCUGCAGAAGUUUGGAUGGAUGACUAUAAGCAGUAUUAUUACGCUGCUCGUCCUUCUGCACAAGGAAAGGCCUUUGGCAGCAUUGCAGACCGGCUGGCACUGCGACAGAGGUUGAACUGCCACUCCUUCCGAUGGUACCUGGAGAAUGUAUAUCCUGAACUCAAGAUCCCUGAGCAGGAGGUUGUGUUCAGCCUGCUUAAACAGAGUGGACUAUGUUUAGAGAGCUACACCUCAGACAGUCUGGGUCUGGCUGAGUGCAAGUCAAACAUACCAGCCUCUCAGAAAUGGAUGCUUAUAGAGCCGCAAAUACGCCAGCAUGAUCUCUGUCUCACCAUCACAGCUUUCACUACAGGCUCCAAAGUCCGAAUGGAGCCAUGCAGUCCCAAAGAGUCUCGACAGAAAUGGAAAGCCAGAGGCCCAGCCCUGCAGCAUGUGGUUAGCGGUCUGUGUUUAGAUAGCCAGCCCCCUGUGGGCCCACCAGUCAUCACACAGUGCCGUCCCCAGCUGGCAAGCCAAUCCUGGGAGCCACAGCUGGUCACCUGAUAAUGUUAGGGUAGAGAGAGGGAGGGGUAGAGGGGAGGAGUCCAGUGAGAUCACAGAAGAUGGUUGUGCACUAGGACCCAGGGUGAAUGUGUCUGCGGAUUGUUUUAGUUGACAACGCUCCUUUUGUGGGGAUAAUGAAAUGUGACCAUGUCAGAAAACUCUGCAGUAGUGUCCUUCCCAGUUUCCUCUUCUCUCUGACUUAAAACCGCAGACACAUUGUAGUAAAAUGGUUUUUAAACCUGACCCUAACAGCAGCCAAACUGAUCAAAGAUCAAGGUGCUUUUCAAUCUCUUCAGUUCUGUUGGAGAGGAGGAUGGAUGCUUUCUCAGAGU